GGACGCGCCACCACGCUGGCUGGACGCAGCACGACCACGACCACGCUGAGCUCAUACCUCCUAACACUACGCCGCAAUGGCGGAUGCGGCCUUCAAAGACGUUCCGGAGAUAUUUGAGGUCGAUGUUGGCGAAGCACUAUCCGCGCGUACUGAAGCUUUAUCUACGUGGAGAGAGCUUGGACCCCCAGACUUGUGCCAUGUCAUGAAGAGCACUGGGCGGAAUGGGCAGCGCGACCUCGGAUCUUAUCAUUAUGUGUCCGGUGUCGAUGCAUCGUCCUCAGCCUCUCUUGCUGCCUACAUCAACUCCCUAACAUACGCUAUUGAAGACGACUCGGGUUGGUUCUCGAAGGGCUCGGCUUGGAAGGUCCGGAAUGGGUGCUAUUGUUGCUUCAAUGCGUUCUCGCGCGUCGACGUACGCGUCGACGUCAAGAUACCCGGUGGCGUAAACGCGUAUAUUGUCGAUCUGCGUGGCGAGAGACACGAUCUCAACCAAGACACGCAAGACAUGUGGCAAGAGGUUUACCUAUCCGCUAUCCUACGAGCGAUCCUAUACUCUGAUGACUCCGCGUAUUGGCUGGAUGCUUACCGCAAGCUCGACCCGAUUACCACACCUGAGGGUGAGCUGCGCUUCCUCCAGGCCGCCGAGACCCUCUUCAGCAAAGGCUGGCAGGUUGGCUCGGAGCCCGAGAUCCAGGUCGCGACCAUUGUCUCGAACCACCUUACAUCUGCUAUCAUGAAGUACUUCGGUGACAGCGGGCGGUAUCAGCACUCCGCGAACCUGUUCGAGAAGCUGAGCGCGAAGGAGCCCGAACUCUCGUCUUUACUUGCGCGGAGCUACAUCGGCAUGAACGAGGAAGUCAAAGCAGUACAGAUCAUGGCAGCCGCGAUCAAACAAACACCGCAGUCCUACACUCUCCUGCACGCGCAAUGUGAAUUCCUCCGCUCAAAAGGUAACUACGAAUGGGCGCUCAAGCUGGCGAAGCAAGCCGUCAACUGCGCACCCAGCGAGUUCGUGACAUGGGAGAAGCUGACCGAGUUGUACAUUGACCUCGGACAAUUUGACUCCGCGCUUCUGACGCUGAACUCAUGUCCUAUGUUCACCUACAACGGCCGAGACGCACAUCGUAAUCUGACCGCCGCCCGCGUUCACCUUCCGCCGAAAGGCCAGAUCGUCGAGAUCCUCCCUGAGCGGAUCAAAACAGAAGACGACGAGGCCGACCCCGCUCUCCUCCGCCUGCCCGCACCGGGCCUGCGCGGCACCUGGUCACGCGCGUACGCGCUCCUUACUCGCCUCGUCUCACAAAUCGGGUGGGACGAACUGCUCAAGACGCGGAGCUCCGUCUUCGUCAUGGAGGAAGAGUACCGGAUGCAGAAGGCGCAAGCCGACGUACGCACGUACACGCCUGCUGCCACCCCCACGACCGCGAACGGCCUCCCGAAGCGCGAGGCGUCCCUCCCCGACAGCGCGACGCUCGUGUCGAAGGCGCAGGCCGACGACGACGCGUCGACGCGCGGGAUGGUGUCCCCGGGGCACUCACAGAACGCGUCUGCGGUAGGCGAGUCUGAAGGGCUUGCAGCGGAAGCGAGCCCGAAUGGGAUCCCACUUAUCCGGAUCUCGACGGAGAGCGACCGCGAGCGGGCCCAGGCCCAGGCGGAAGCCGAGGCUGAGGUUGAGGCCGAAGUAGAGCAGGCGGAGGGGGCAGACUCUGAAAAGGCGGUGAACGGGAAUGGGGAGGCAAUAGAGAAUGGGAUGGGCCAGGCUGCUGCUGACGUGUUGGAGAGGCCUGUGCAGGCUGCUGCUGGCUCGGGGGACGGUGCACAGGACGGAGACUCAUCCGGGGGCCCAGGCCAGGAGCCGUUCUCCUUCAGCAACAAGCGUCUCUGCGAGCGCUGGCUGGAUAACCUCUUCAUGGUUCUUUACGAGGACCUGCGUAUCUGGACGAUCUUCCGUGCGGAGGUCGCGCACUUCAAAACGCAGCAUGUUGCGUACCGGAAGACGGCCCUUGAGUGGGAGAUCCUCGGCGAUCUAGGCGCCCGUCUGUUCCACAAGGAGGAAGCUAAGGAGGCGUACACGCGUUGUCUUGACUCUCCUCGGUACUCGUACAAGCCGUGGUCGAAGCUGCUCGACAUGUAUGCCGAGGAGGGCGACAUCCAGCGGACACUGCAGGUCGCCAUCCGCGUUGCCGCGUAUCAGUGGGGCGAAUAUACCGAAAUGACGUAUCCAACCCAAAUAGCGCGCUGCGUCUUCAGGCUCGGGCAAAUACACGGGCACGCCAAAAUCUCGUACACCUUGUUGAGUAUGGGCCUACCCGAGGGGAUCGCGAAGAUCAUGGAGGGGUACCUGAACUACGGCAAAGUCUUCAAGGUGGAGGGGUAUGACUUCUAAUCGCUCCAGUAUGGCAGGUUGUACAUAGCCGGUGCUCGUUAUUUAAGUUCCCUUUUUGUUGAGUCUCUCCAUGGGCCCCGCAGUGACAUGCAAUCACUGUGAGGAACUAAUACCCUGAUGCUAUGCAGAUUUAUUCAUCCGCGGUUGGACAUUGCAGGACGCGGGUCGCGCGUUUUCUUAUAGCCAGUGCAUUCCAUGCAAAGCGUUUUGGUAAUGUAAACAGUCAGACUAUGCGAUGCAAAC